AGUUCCACUGGAAUACUUUUAGGGUAAUAGACCAGAAGAGACGAACAUCUCCAUUGGAGGGACAUUCAAGCUGCAGGGACUUUCCUGCUCAGUCUACUGGCUUCAUGCAGUUCAGUGGCUUCUCACCUUAGUCUGGAGGAAACUUUGCUGGCUAGAACCAGGGCCACUUAGGUCAGCACCUCAUCUAUGGACACUUUCCCAAAGCGGGUGAAAAUUGUGGAAGUUGGUCCCCGAGAUGGUCUACAAAAUGAAAAGAAUGUUGUUCCUACUCCAGUGAAAAUCAAGCUAAUAGACAUGCUUUCGGAAGCAGGACUUCCUGUUAUAGAAGCCACCAGCUUUGUGUCUCCCAAGUGGGUUCCCCAGAUGGCUGACCACACCGAAGUCUUAAAGGGCAUUCGGAAGUUUCCUGGCAUCAACUACCCGGUCCUGGUCCCAAACAUGAAAGGCUUCGAGGCAGCGGUGGCUGCUGGCGCCAAGGAAGUGAGCGUCUUCGGAGCUGCCUCAGAGCUGUUCUCCAAGAAGAACAUCAACUGCUCCAUAGAGGAGAGCUUCCAGCACAUGGGUGGGGUUCUGCAGGCUGCAAAGGCCACCGGGAUUCCUGUGCGAGGGUAUGUCUCCUGUGUGCUCGGAUGUCCCUACGAAGGGAAGAUCUCCCCGGCUAAAGUAGCUGAGGUCGCCAAGAAGUUGUACACCAUGGGCUGCUACGAGAUCUCCCUGGGGGACACCAUUGGUGUAGGCACCCCAGGGCUCAUGAAGGACAUGCUGUCAGCUGUCAUGCGUGAGGUGCCUGUGACCACGCUGGCUGUGCACUGCCAUGAUACCUAUGGCCAAGCCCUGGCCAACACCCUGAUGGCUCUGCAGAUGGGAGUGAGUGUUGUGGACACCUCAGUGGCAGGACUUGGAGGCUGCCCCUAUGCACAGGGGGCAUCAGGGAACCUGGCCACCGAGGACCUGGUUUACAUGCUGACUGGUUUGGGGAUUCACACGGGUGUGAAUCUCCAGAAGCUCCUGGAAGCUGGGGACUUCAUCUGUCAAGUCUUGAACAGAAAAACCAGUUCCAAAGUGGCACAAGCUAGCUGUAAACUCUGAGCCCCUUGCUUGUCUAUAGCCUAUGGAUCACGUGGGAAUAGGGGUGGACAUGGAUGAUUCCUGGAUGGGGAAAUGGAAACCAGAUGAAAUUACAAGGAGCAGGCACCUCUCAGCCCACUGCACACAGGGCUGUCCUGGCAGAAAGAGGCAAGGAUGAAGGCCUGCCCUGUCAGGCCUGAGUGGUAGUGUCCAGCCUUGGGGGCUGGAAAUCUCCUUUCGCUGUGGACCCGGUGACCCCGAGUUGAGUGCCUGUGGCACUUGGGAACCUGUUUGGGAUGAUCCUUAAGUCUCAUUCUAGGUUCAGCCUGCCAGUUGGCUAACCUCUGUACAGCCCCACCCUGUUCGUCCCGUGGGGCUAUUACUGUCUUCUUAGGGUAAAAGGUGUGGAGCAGGUUGCUGUAAACUGCCAGUGGCCAUCUCCUGUCUGCUGGUAAGGGCUGGGCUUCUCGGGUGCGACCUGUCAACUCCAGCAUCAAUGGAAAACCUCUAGUCAACAUGAUUUUUGAAAACAGCUGAUGUAAUUAAAGAUUUAAUUUUCCAGUGUCUAGUUGUGCAGAUUUAUGUAUUUAUGAGAGCAGAGGAAUAAAAUCUCUGCAACAUUGCA